UGGAGCGGGGGGUAUUGGGUUAAGGUGAUGGGGCCCAGCUGUUCCCAGAUCCAGAUGUGUAUGUGGGGGGGGGGCUCUGCAUUUCCUCCCCCACCCCCCGGGCAGGGAGGGCUGCAAUGGAAGGGGAGUCUCAAAGGGUGGUCCGCGAAAGCUCUCUCUGGGUGUCCAUUUGUUUGGUUCGUGCUACGGAGUGUGUGGAGAGGAGGUCAGCAGGGGAGAAGCAGCACAAAGAGCAGCUUGACACCAGCUCUACUGAGUCCAAGAAUCAGGACUCCUGGAUUAAAUUCCCAGCUCCGGGAGUGGAGUUUGGGCUCAUGGUUCGAGGAGCGGUGGCUGGGAGCCAAGAUGCUAGGGGUUUUACCCCUGGCAUGAGAAGGGAAGUGGUGUCUAGUCGUUGGGGCUGGGACUGCUCGGAAUCAGGAUUCCUGGUUUCCAUGCCCAGCUCUGGGAGGGGAGCUGGAGUUAGAAUUACUGGGUUCUAUCCCUGGAUCUGGGGGGGAGUGGGAUCUGGUGGUUAGAGCAAGCAGGGAGGGCUGGAAGUCAGGUGUCUGGUCCUAUUCCCAGAUCUGGGAGGGGAGCUGGCAUUAGUGGUUUGAGGCGCAGCAUUUCUGUAUUUUAGUGGUUUGAGGUGCCGAAUUUCUGCAUUUUACCCCUGGCUCAAGGAGGGGAGUGGGAUCUAGUGGUUAGAUCUGGGGGGGGCGGGGGCUGGAAACCAGGGUAAUAAAGACCAUGACAACUGAAGUCAAGGUUAGUUUUUGCUCCGAGACCAGAUUGCUCCAAACGCUGAGCAGGAUUCCAAGCCACCGGCUGGGACAUUUCUGCGGGUUGCUGACCAGCUCCCUGUGCUCCCCAUGCGGGGCUGGCGCCAUGAGGAAGAGAUGGAGGGGAGCGUGGCUCCUGCUGCUGGCACUGGAGACCUUUGGGUUUCAGGAAGGUGACCCAGAGGAACCCACGGGGCUGGAGUGUUACCAGAUGGGCCCCAGCGGGGGCAUGAAUUGCACGUGGCCCAGCAGGACCGGCCCUGAGGCUAACACCACCUACACCCUCCACUACCAGAGCCUGAAGUUCAAACGCAACCAGACGCGGAGUUCCCAGGCCCCCGCCGGACAGAGCUGGGUGGUGAUUGGAAGAAGCAGCCUGACGCACAAUGAGAACUAUGCCGUGUGGGUGGAGGCUGGUGACGGGACCCGGGUCACACCAAGGCUAACUCUGACCCCACACGAGAUAGUGAAGCCGGAUCCCCCUGUACUGAGCCUAGUGGACGUGACCCCUGAGGUCACGGUGACCUGGACAAACCCCCACUGGCCUCAGCAUUUCUCCCUGGAUCUGGCCUGCCAACUUCGCUACCGGGUGUCUGGGACCCCCAACUGGACCAGGGUUCAUGAGGAGGAUGUUGAGCCCAACAGCUACGAGUUCUCCAGCCUGGAGCCUUUCACGGCCUAUGAGGUGCAGGCUCGCUGUAUCCCCGAGGACCGGAAGGGCUUCUGGAGCGAAUGGAGCCCGUCCCAGACCUUCCAGACCCCCGAGGCUGCCCCGCUGGGCCUGGUGGACGUGUGGCGAGUGACCAGCCCCCCUGAGUCCGGAGAGCCCAGCCUGCUGCUGCUGUGGAAGCCGCUCCAUUCUAAAGCGGCCAGGGGAGUCAUUCGCAGCUACAGCCUGGCUUUCCGGAACGGCAGCGACAGCCCCGCCAGCCUGGAGUCCCCCUGCUGCAGCGUGAGCCUCCCCUCCGGCACCACCCGUGUCUGGAUCUCGGCAAACAACCCCGUCGGGCGGACGCAGCCUGCCAACCUCAGUUUGGAGCGGCAGGAUCUGCCUGCGCCGGCAGGGCUCCAGGUUGCAGCCGUGCAGGGGCAGGGUCUCCGCGUUACCUGGGAGCCCAGCACGGACCCUCUGGAAGGGGAGCCCACGGAGUACCUGGUGGAGUGGGCCGAGGAGUGCAGCAGCUCAAAGGCGGCAUCCCUGGACUGGGUGCGCAGGCCGGCUGGCACCCACAGUGCCCUGCUGACAGGUGACUUCAGACCCCGGGUGCCGUAUCAGGUCCGCGUGUACGGGCUGUACCCCGGGGGCUUUGGUGCAUCGGCCCCUGUCCGAGCCUACACCCAGGAAGGAGUGCCAUCAGCAGGGCCCCAGGGCCUGCAGGAUCAUAGCAUCUCCAAGGAGGCGUCUGUCAUCUCUUGGGAGGCGAUCCCCCUGGCGCAGCGCAACGGGCACAUCACUCACUACUCCCUCUACCUCGCCACGCCCACGGGGAGCCCGCAGACCUACCAGCCCAUCGCUGCUACAGAGACAAGCUACAACCUCUCGGGUCUGGAGCCCGGCACCUCCUACCAGCUCUGGAUGACGGGCUCCACCUCGGCUGGGGAAGGAAACGCCAGCUCCAUCCACCUCUUCCACACGCCAGAUUCCCGCUGGGAGGCUGUCCUGGCUUCCCUCCUGGCAGUGGGAUUCCUCCUUUUCGUCGCCUGUGUCCUGGGAGCUGUCCUGCAUGUGCAGCUGCUGGACCUGUGCCAGAAGGUGCUGCCCAGCUGGUGCUGGGAGAAGGUCCCGGAUGCCACCCACAGCAGGAUUACGCUGUACGAGAUGGACAGGGAUCCCCACAGCUACAGGGGGCCUUUGGUGCAGGACCCGGACGCAGAGGAGCCCCCCAUCACCGAGCUCGAUAUUGCGGAGCCAGCAGACCACGUGAACCAAGGCUACUCAACUCUGCCCCAGCUGGAGUCUCCUGUGCCUGCCCAGCCCCACGGCGAUGACUGGACCGGGAGCGAGCCCAGGCGAGAGGAGCUGGGGCCAAGCAGCCCCCCCCGGGAGGAGGCGUGGGGACAGCAAGCCCCGGUCACCUCUGGCUAUGAGAAACAUUUCAUGCCCACCCUGGAGGAGGUGCUGGGACUGGCCUGAGGGACGCGGCUGGGCGAGAACCACCAGCCCCAGCCAGCACUGCCCCAGGCGCUGCGGGAGACCCAGCCGGGCCCACCUGGCUCGAGGGGCCCAAGGCUGGGACAUGGGGUCUUUCCCCUGUAGGAGGCGCCGGCUCCAAGCUCAGGUGGGGGCAGGGAAUGGGACGCGGAGACCUUCCCCUGUCAGUGGUGCUGGCUCUGCAGUGAGCGAACUGGUGGACUGUUUGCUGGUAUAAUGGGUCCCUCCGAGACAACCACCCCAGCAGGCUGCCUUAGCAGACAGGCCAAAGACUGAGUGGCCCAUGGAGACCGAGUGCCUCUCCGGACUCCCAGCCCCCUCUGCUCUAACCACUAGACACACUACUCCUCUCCCAGAGCUGGGGAGAGAACCCAGGAGUCCUGACUCCCAGACCCCUUGCUCCAACCACUAGACACCACCCUCCUCCCAGCGUCUGACAGACCCCAGACCCUGCCCAUCUAAUCACCAGCAGCCCAUCACCCUGGUAUCAGGGCCACCUUAGUUUCCCUCCUCCCUAGGCCAGCCCUCUCCCCAUACUCUGGUCCUGCUGUAGCCCGGAGCUCCAUAACAUGCCGCUGUACUGUAUUUUUUACCUGUAGACAUGUUUUUAACCUUG